AUGACUGGUCCCUUGGCUGGCGGGGGCCAAGGCGUCCUCCGGGCCUGGCUCCUGGGCGUCCCACGCAGGGCACCAGCCGUGCGCUCCUGCUGCAGCCAGGGCCCCCCGGCCCUCCCCCGGCCCAUCGGCUGCAGCCCUCCCGGGGGUCCUUUCCUGCAGGGCCCCCUGGCCAGGAGGCUGCCCUGCCCUCGUCGGGCCUCAGGCUCUGCGCCCAGCCUGCCCCCCAGCGCUGAAGAGGUAGCCCGGCCGGUGGGCGUCCGCUCCAUGUUCAAGCUGCCCAUGCGGGAUUCGGCCGAAGGGCUGGAUGCGGCCUUUGUGGGCGUCCCUCUGGACAUCGGCACCACCCACCGUCCCGGGGCCAGGUUCGGCCCAAGCCACCUGCGUGCCGAGUCCAUCUUGGUUCGCCAUUACAACCCGUCCACAGGGGCCGCCCCCUACCACUCGCUCCAGGUGGCCGACCUGGGGGACGUCAACGUCAACCUCUUCGACCUGAAGGACAGCUGCAGGAGGAUCCGGGAAGCCUUCCGGGGGAUCGUGGCUGGGGGCUGCAUCCCCCUCACGCUGGGCGGAGACCACACCAUCACCUACCCCAUCCUGCAGGCCGUGGCAGAAAAGCACGGCCCCGUGGCCCUCAUCCACGUGGACGCCCACACCGACACCUCUGAGCAAGCGCUGGGGGAGCGCAUCUACCACGGAAGCCCUUUCAGGCGCUCCGUGGAGGAGGGGCUGCUGGACUGCCAGAGGGUCUUUCAGAUCGGGAUCCGGGGCUCCUCCUUCUCUCCGGAUCCCUAUAGGUUUUCCUGGGAUCAGGGCUUCCGGGUGGUGCUGGCCGAGGACUGCUGGAUGAAGUCGCUGGCCCCCCUGAUGGCCGAGGUGCGGGAGCAAGUGGGCGACCGGCCCCUCUACAUCAGCUUCGACAUCGACGCGCUGGACCCGGCCUUCGCUCCUGGCACGGGGACCCCCGAGACGGCGGGUCUCACCCCGGCCCAGGCCCUGGAGAUCCUCCGAGGCUGCCAAGGACUGCGCAUCGUAGGGGGGGACCUGGUGGAAGUGGCCCCCGUGUACGAUCAGUCCGGCAACACGGGACUCCUGGGUGCCAACCUGCUCUUCGAAAUGCUCUGCGCCCUCCCUGGGGUGAAGAGGGACCCCCACAAGGCCCCCUCCACGCCACGUGAAUAGAAGGGAGGGGGCCCCCUGUCUCUGGACCCCCGGCUUUGCCAUGUCUCCCUUCCUGUUUUUGGAAUGGGAAGCAGCUAGUCCUCAUGGCUGCAGGGGGGAGUGGCAGGAGAAGAGACUGAAGACUCAUCCGGCAGCAUCAGCAGAGCCCCCCCCACCCCACGAAGCAUUGCGAGGAAGAUUGGAACCCAGAUCCUUGGAAGAGAACCAGCUGCCCCUUAGCAGAGCCCCUCUGAACACGCAGGGGCCAAGGAAGCUGAGGUGGGGCCCACUUUCUACCCCUCCCUCUCAGCCGGGCCCCCCACGCAUCUUGGGUGAAGCAGCCCCCUCCAUGAAGCCCCCCCCCCACCAGUGCAAAGCUUGCUUGGUGAUG